GUGUGCAAAGUAGUUUACACUCCCAUCUCAGUCCCUCCCAAUGUUGAAUUAAAACAUGGGCUGAGCUGCUGUACAGUCAUUCUGCCUUUGCCACAGAAUCAGCAUCAACCAUGCCUAAGUGUCCCAAGUGUCAGAAAGAAGUAUACUUCGCCGAAAGAGUGACAUCACUAAAUAAGGACUGGCACAGGCCAUGCCUACGAUGUGAGAAGUGCAACAAGACCCUGACCCCUGGGAGUCACGCUGAGCAUGAGGGAAAACCCUAUUGCAACCAGCCUUGUUAUGGCGCCUUGUUCGGACCAAAAGGAUUUGGACGUGGAGGAACAGAAAGUCACUCCUUUAAAUGAAGAAGUCUGACCAUGCAUCAUUUUAAGAGAAAUUCUCCACCUACUUGCAAUGAAUUGUUUGCCCCUGCCUCCUAUUGAUACGCCAGUACUCAUCUAUAAAUGUAUGCGACAGCCAUAGCGAUCUGGUGCCUCCGCCACCAUCUGAUCUACCUGUAUCAACCAUUAGCAAUGCGACGCCCGUCUGCUAUUCCUAAUACCACUAAAGUACAGACCGUUCAUGAAUAUUGUAAUCUUUUUGAUAUAGAAAUAUAAUGCAAGUGGAUGUGAUUAUUCAUGAAUAAAUAGUAAUACUUUAAAAAAGACAA